GCCUUCGCUGGUAUGCGAUGGGCUUCGGUGAAUCGCCCUCGCCGGGCGACGAGGCGGUGCUGCGCGGCCAGGCCUUCGCGUCGGCUGGCGACCACGACGCGCUGGUGCUGGGCGGGUCGACCCACGUCCACUGCUGGCUGAUGCGACCGGAGGCGGUGCCCGACGUGGUGGCCAAGGAGCGCGCUCGCUGGCAGCCUGGGGACGGCGCGGCCGUCGGGGGCACCUCGACCCCGCCUCUGGCGGACCCCGCUGCCGCCGCGGCCGACGACGAGGCGGCGAAGGGCGGGGGCGGACGCUUGAGGCCUUCGGAUGGCUCGCAGCGGGACGCGCUGGGCCUGGAGUCCGACGGUGCUGCCGCUCCCAGAGAUGCAGAUCCCGCCGCCGACGUUCGCGCGCUCUGGGUCGAUUACGACAACCAGGGGGGGGGAUUCAAGUGCUGGCGGGACGUGGCCUGCGAGAGCACUCAGGAGACGUUCUCAGACACGCCCCUGGAGGGCCCCAGCGCCGCCCUGUUCUUGGCAAAGCACUUCGACCGCCACGGCGGCGACCCUCGGCAGUGGCUUCUCAAGCGGCUGAGGGAACGCAAGAUCGAUGGGUCGGAUCGGACGUACCAUGAAAUGAAGGUGCUGUGCGACGCUAUGUACUUUGCUGGGGGUUAUGACCAAAUGAAUGUUGGAGCCCUCGCAUCAGUUGAGACCUUGUGCCGCCGCAUCCAGAUCAUCUUCGACGCGUGCGCUAACCCGCAGAAGGUCACCUGGGAGCACGCCAAGCUGCACGUGGGCACUGGCACCCCCGAGAACCCCGUCAGCCCGGCCCUCAGUCGUUCGCUGCGCGGCGGGCUAAGGAUCGGGCUGACGUGGUUGCAGCUCUGGGCCAGGGCGGCGCGCGGAGGCUCCGCGGCAGCCCCACUGCGGCGGCGGAGGGCGCCGACGCGGGCGACGCUGCGGCCGGCGCUGGAGGUCGCGGAGCACGCGGAGGUCGCGGCGGCGGAGGGCGCGACGGCGGCGGCCGAGGCCGGCGCGGUGGCCGUCCUCGGAGGGACUUCUUCCCUCUGCCUGUUCCUGCCGUGCCUGCAGGCCCUGCCACUUCGACUCGUUCGGCAAAGAAGGCUGGCCAGGCGGGGCACAAGGAUGGUGCAAGAGGCGGUCCACGGACUGAACUGGCUCGCUGGCUACGACAUCUGGGGCCCUUCUCAGGAGCCUGCGACUCCAGGAGUUUUGACGCCCGAGGUGAUGGCCCGCGUGGAAGGCCUGGUCAAGGACUGGGAGCCCAUGCCUGAAGCCCUCUCGGGGCGGGAGGCCCUCCGAGACCUCCUGCGCGGCCGGUCCUUGUGCGAGCUGGAGAUUGGCCCCGCGAGCCUCGCGGCCUUCGACGCCGACCCGGUGCCCCUGCCGAGCGACGCGUCGGGGACCCCUCCGAUUGAGUCGCUGCUGGACGCCGAGGUCUCUCGCCACUUGGAGGCCCAUCAUGAGCUGAUGCUGCGGCCCGCGACUGACUUGGAGAGUAUCGAAUUCGAGACACGCGUGAUCGCGCCCUACACCGAUAGGCCUCGGGAGAGGGUCGUGAUCUUCUUCGUCUGGAAGAGCAACAGGACGUGUCUCAGGCUGAUCGUCGACGCUCGGAGGAGCAACUGUUGGUUCCGUGCCCCGCCAGGCAUCCGUUUGUGUACUUCGGAGGCCUUCGCGAACAUCGAGAUCGGCGACGGCGUCUUAGCGGGCCUGGAGGCGGUCAGGCUGUACCUCGGCAUGGCUGACGCGAAGGACUGCUUCCACCGCCUCAAGGCCCCUGCCAGGCUCAGGCCCUACUUCGCCUGGCCGGAGGUGCCCGCGCGGGUGCUGGGGCUGCGUGAGCUGGACGGAGUGCGGCUCAGGCCCACCGACGCUGCGUGGCCCAAUUCCGCUUCCAUGUGCACGGGGUUUGCUUGGUCGCUGUACUUCGCCCAGAACGCUGACGAGCGGCUGGCGGCUGCGGGCCGCCCCCGCCACCGCGCGCACGUGGACAACCUGGGCGCCUUCGCCCGAGACAGGGGCCUGGCCCAGCGCGCGGUCCACGAGUGGGAGGCGAGCUUCGCUGUCCACGGGCUGGAGCUCCACGGCGGGGAGGUGGUGAGCAGGGACAUCUGCGCCCUGGGCUGCCAGCUUGACGGCCAGCGGCUGCGGGCCGCCGCCGCGCCCGUGUCCUCCGUCGGCCGCGUUCUGGAGAGGAGCAGGUUUCAGCUCAAGGGCCACAGUGCUCGCGAGUCGGCCCUCAGCGCGGCCGGCCUCGCUCGGGACCCUCUAUCUGGCGCCUGGGAAACCCCGGGGUGCGAGAGCGCCGAUUUUCCGUCGCGCCCGAUUUUCCUGAGACGGUCUUCCCGGACGCUAGGCCCGCCAGGCGACCUGGCGCACCGUCUGCCAACAACGGGGCCGAACCUGCUGGACGGCCUUGCCGCUCUGGGGCCGGCGCCGCUGGCUCCUGCCGGCUCCAGCUCGAGCGUCAGCUCCUCGUCCGAGCCCAUGCCCGACGCCGUAGGCGGAAGGGCGAGGGGGCUGGCGAGGCGGUCGCGGCGGCGGCUGUCGCAGCAUCUGGGAGCGGCGCUGGGUUUCGAGAAGGAGGGCCUGGGCAUGCUGGAGGACAAGGCGGCGACGGCCAACGUGCGGCGCUACUACUCGAGCCACCUCCAGGACUUCGAGACGUUCGCCAAGGGGCUAGGCCCAACGCUCGCGGACGACGACGACUGGCUCGUGAAGUUCUUCAACGCGAGCUUCCUCUCUGGCCAGCAGCCGGACGAUGGGGGGAAGGUGUUGGCAGCCUCUGCCGACCGCCACCCGGCCGUCAGCAAGGCGGGCAAGCGGCGGCCCCCCCGGGCCUGGCGCUGCCUCCGGGGCUUGCGCCGCCGUGCGCCCGGCCGCUCCAGGCGUCCUCUGCCUCAGGCGGCGUGGAAGGCGGCCGCCGGAGACCUCUGCCUGCGGGGGCGCAAGCUGAUGGCCAUGGCCGUCCUCCUGGGCGUGGGGGCUUACUUGCGGCCCCACGAGCUGAUGGAGAUUCAGCCCGAGCCGGCAAGAAAGUUCAAGGAGACAUGCGCGCAGCUCGGCGCCCCAUCGGCGCCCUACAUGAUGCGGCACAGCGGCCCCAGCAUCGACAGGGCCCUGCAGCUCACCCCCUCGACGAGGCUGAGCAAGGCCUGGCACGACCUUCCUUUGGCGACCCGGACGCGCUGCGAGGUGCUCGACGCGCGCCUCGAGGAGCUGCUGCUGCGAGGCGCCAGCCGCGCAGCUGGCGGCGCGGAGCGGCACGAAAAG